AUGGUGACGCUGCACGUAAAGACGACGGCGGGGAAGAAGUUCUCGGUGGAUCUGGCGCUCGAGAGUUCCGUACUGCAAUGCAAAGAGGCACUUGUGGCAUCGACGGAGGUUCCUAUCGCUCUCCAGCGUCUCAUUUAUAAGGGUAAAGUUCUUAAAGAUGACCAGACACUCGACAGUUACGGCAUUCAAGCAGAAGACACGAUCUUUUUUGUCAAGGGAUCAGCACAUGCACGACCGGCGACGGCUGUGCCAACUCCAGCUACUGCUCCAGUUGCUACUCCAGCUACUGCUCCAGCUGCAACUGCAGCUAACCCGUUUAAUUUCCCAGGAGCUACAGGCUCAAGCAAUAGCAAUAGCAACUUGCUCGGCAAUUUAAUGGGGACUGGAGAUGCAGGAGGUAUGCCGGGUAUGCAGCAAAUGCAACAGCAAAUGCUCGAGAAUCCUGAAAUGAUGCGGCAGAUGAUGGAGUCACCCAUGAUGCAGAAUAUUCUCAAUAAUCCCGAUAUUAUGCGCAAUGUAAUGCAGAGCAAUCCGGCUAUGCAGCAGUUGAUGGAGCAAAAUCCACAAUUGAAUCACAUUAUGAACGACCCGGAGCUACUGAGACAGAGUAUGGAGGCGAUGCGCAACCCUGCGGCAAUGCGGGAAAUGAUGCGGAACCAAGACACAGCACUGCGGAACAUUGAGAGUCAUCCGGAGGGAUUUAAUGCGCUGCGACGCAUGUAUCAUGACGUACAGGAGCCGCUGUUGGAUGCGGCAGCUAGUGGGACACCUGCUCCUCGCGGCCCGGCAUUUACAAUGCCGGGCUUGGCUGGAGGAAGUAACAGCAGCAGCUCUACGGCCAAUGCAACGCAGUCUCAAACGGUCAGCUCAAGUUCGACAACAGCUUCUACUACUGCUGCUGCCAAUCCAUGGGCAACCCCAGGUGCUGCUAGUGGUACUGCAUCUACUAGUGCUUCUGCAAACCCAUGGAGUGCUGCCGGCUUAAGUGGCAUGGGUGGCCUUGGGGGAAUGGGAGGUAUGGCAGGUCUGGGCGGCAAUCCUGAGAUGAUGGCACAAAUGAUGCAGAGCCCCUUGUUUCAAACAGCGUUAGACCAGGUAGCGAGUAAUCCGGAGCAGUUUGUCGCGCAGAUGGAGGCGAUGAAUCCACAGAUGGCAGCAAUGAUGAACGCGAAUCCGCAGAUGCGACAAAUGAUGUCGAAUCCCGAGUUUUUGCGCCAGGCUAUGAAUCCGCAGAACCUGCAGGCGAUGAUGCAAAUGCAGAAUGCCAUGACUCAGUUGAGUGGGUCUGGACUUAUUCCAGGACUCGAAGGCAUGAAUCUCAAUAACUCCAGUGCCGGUACAGCACCAAUUACUCCAGCUACAGCGAACCCGUUUGCGAUGUUUGGUGGCUUUCCUGGUGCUGGUAUCGGAAGAACUCCUUCUGCUGUGCCUGUCGGCAACCCAGAAGAAUUGUACGCGUCACAGUUGAUGCAACUCAAUGACAUGGGCUUUUCUGAUCGUGACCAAAACAUUCGUGCGCUACAAGCGACACUAGGUAACGUUCAAGCUGCCGUCGACCGUUUGCUGAGUGGCACCAUAUAA